AUGUCAGAAGAUGAUCUCCCUUACCACGUGGAGAUCAACAGUCAAGGAGAUCUUGAGACGAUUGGACGGUUCAGAUUCGACGAUCAGAUCGACUGUCCAGUGAUAGCUCAUCCUAAGGUGGACCCUACCACAUUUGAUCUCCACACGCUGAGCUACAACGUUUUAGGGAAACCUCAUCUCAGGUAUCUUAAAUUCGACACGUGCGAAAAAAAACACGUGACAUGGACAUUAUUCUCGAGCAACCCACGAUGA